AUGGAGACAUACUACGGCCACGUCCGCACCCCUGCGGACGCCAUCAUCUUGUUUGAGGCAUGUCGGAUCGGUCUGCUGCCUCGCGUGCAGCGUCGGCUGUCUGAAAAGGAACGCCAGUCCAUCCGGUCCGGGUCGGUGUUUGUGUGGGACGAACGGGAGGCCGGCAUGCGACGAUGGACCGAUGGGAAGUCGUGGAGUGCCAGCCGAGUCUCCGGCAGCUUUCUGACAUAUCGCGAGAUGGAAGGGAAACGAGGCGGGAGCACAGCGACAGCCAGCACGGCCCCGACAACGGCGUCGUCUUCGUCCACCGUGUCGAGAGCGGGCAAAACGCCCGACAGCGCCCGCGGGAGCGACGAUGACCGCGGCGAGCCCAGCGAGGAAGGGCCCGACGGCUACCGCUACAAACCCGAUGGUCUGAUGAAACAAUCCUUCAGCAUCACCACGUCGACCGGUCAACACCUACAUCUCAUCAGCUAUUACUCCCGUUCGCAUCCGUCCGCCGCCAACCUGCAGCAGCCGUCGACCGACCCGGCUCUGCGCCAUGUGCGUCCGCAGAAGGGCCUCUACCCGGAGUCCACCGUCAACGACCAGCAGAAUCUCCCGGUCGUCACUCGAGGGCCGAUGGCAGGCGCCGCCGCGUAUCCCAUCACUCCGCAUCCCCUGGGAGGUUAUCCACGCUCGGGAGCCACCCAUCCCCAAUCCUACACCCCCCCGUACGGCUGGCCUCCAACACCUAUGGGCACGCCCACUGUGUCGGUACAGUACGGGGGCGGAGGGGGGUAUCUGCCCCCUUUGCCUCCAGCAACCAACGGUCAGGUUCCCUACGGACAGCACCAGCACCCAGCUUUACCUCCCCCACCGCCACAGUCCGCCCUGCCUUAUGAUCGGUCUUUAGAGAGAAGUCCACCGUAUGCAACAAUGCCACCAAAUCCCCGGAUCGCCUCGCCGCACACACAGACUCGUCUCCUCCCACAGACCACUGCACCUCCGAGCUCCCUGCAUAGCCCGCGGCUCUUGAAACAAGUUCCCGGGAAUCCGACCCUUCCCAUCCUUGCCCCACCGGCUACAACCAAGCCAUCCACGGAGGUGGUCGUGCCUCCGAUUGGCGCUCUGAUCAACGGCGCGCCGCCUCCGCCCCCGCCUGUGACGAUGCCUAUGCCUGCGCCCGUUACUGCGGUCGCUGUCUCUGCCGCUGCGGCAAUCUCCGCGCCGCCCGUCAGCGCGAGAAGUAUCGGUCUCCUCGACCCUACGCGACGAGUCGAGCUUCCGCGGGCGGGGGCCAGUCCGCACGCCGGCCGUGCAGAGGGACCCAAGGAUAUCCCGAGUGACAAGAUCGGGUUUGGCGGGGAAGAUAUCCGUGCCUUGCGAGAGCUUGACCGAGUGUUCACUGCAUAA